ACUGACGAAAGCCCUAUCCAUCCAACAUCCUCCUCCACACCACACCGCACCAAACUUUCUCAGCUCCGAUCAACGAUGUCGAACUCCGGCGACUUUUAUCACAUCCCCUCCACAUCCCAGCCCCCACCCAGGCCUCCCGGACACGAUCUCCGCCACUAUACGCCGGGCGCCGCCGCCGACCCCCGAGUCCCCCUUCUCAACCUCGCCACCGUCCGCUCCAGAAUGGACUCUCUCCAACGCUUCCUCUCCGAAUCGGUCAAAAACAACACUCUCAUCGGUCAAAACCAGAUGGAUAUGGUCUCCACCGAGAUCUCCUCCGCCAUCAAUCAGAUCAUCGUCAACGGCGCCGCCCUCCUCGCCUGUACUCAGCGCCCUUCUCUCCCUCCUCCCACCGAUCAUACCUCCCCAAACCCUAUCGGAUCAGAAAAUCCGAGCUCGAUAAUCAACGCAGGACCAGAUCUGAAAGUUUCAGAGAAUUUAAGCAGUUUUGAUGUGAAAACUUCCAUGGAUGCGAUGAUUAUGAGCGAGGAAAAAAGUGUGAUGAAUUUGAAGGUGGAGGACGAAGAGAUGAAGGAUGAGAUUGGGAUCGAUGAUUGGGAGAUCAUAGAGCUCGAUGCGGUGGAGCUUCUCGCAGAGCACAUUCAUUUCUGCGAUAUUUGCGGGAAAGGAUUCAAGCGCGAUGCGAAUCUGCGGAUGCACAUGCGAGCCCACGGGAACCAGUUCAAGACGCCGGAGGCUCUGGCGAAACCGGAGAGGUGUUCGUCGGAGUUUAGCCGGAGGAAGACUCGGUUUUCGUGUCCUUUCGUAGGGUGUAAUCGGAACAAAUCGCAUAAAAAGUUCAGGCCAUUGAAAUCAGCGAUUUGCGUGAAGAAUCACUUCAAGAGAAGUCAUUGUCCGAAGAUGUACUCUUGCAAUCGCUGCAACAAGAAGAGCUUCUCGGUGUUGGCUGAUUUGAAAAGCCACUUGAAGCACUGUGGGGAGUCUAAGUGGAAGUGCUCUUGCGGAACGAGCUUCUCGCGGAAGGACAAGUUGUUCGGUCACAUGGCGCUUUUCGAGGGCCACAUGCCGGCGGUGGUGGAGGAGGACGAGAAGCCCAAAGAAGCUUCUGCGGCAGCAGCGGCGAUGGUGGAAGACGAUGAAGAAGAUGAUGAUCGGAUGGUGAAGGAGGCCGAAACCGGGGCUAAUUGUGGGGACAAUGGAUUCUUUGAUGGUUUGCUUGAUGGGUUUGAUUCGAUCGAAGACUAUUGUUUUCAAGAUGUAUUGGAAUCUCCUAAUGGUUUAGGUACUACUGCAAUGAAUCAGUUCUAUAACUUUUGACACAGGUCAGGUAUAUUUCUUGUUUGAUGUGUACCCCUGUCUGAUUGUAUGUUUAGGUAUAUGUAUAAUGUAUAUUUAUUCUUUGUUGAAAGGGGUUCUUUUGAGUCUAUCUUUAUCAUCUCUGAUGUAGUCGCUACUGAUUAAUUUUUGCAAUAAAAGGAUUGAUCUUGUUUAGCU